UGUGUUAAGCAAGUAGGGAACAGUGCGAUUUUGGUCGGUGUCAGCAUUUUUACGCGAUUUCCGUUAGUUAUAAAUUUAAUAAAAACUGCAUAAUUGGUUUUUGCCAAUGACAUCGUGUAUUAUCUUUUGUAUUAAAUAUUUAAAUAAUUUUCAUUAUUUUAAGGUGUAAUUAAUUUGUGCGCGCAUUUAUAUACAUUGAUUUAUUUUUAAGGUCUACAAUAUUUUAUCCAAGAGAUAUCUCCAUUCGAGUUUUAUGAAGUCACAGAAUUUCAGCAAAUAAAAGCAACGCAGUUUUCAACCCCUUUAUCAAUUUCUACGUUACAAAGAGAACGGUUGAAUAAUGCUAGAUCGAUCAAAGAAAAUCCAGGAUAUUAUGUAGCCGCCUCAUGUGAAAUGUGCCGUGUAAGUUAAACUAGCAGUGACUGUCCGAUGGUGCGUUCAUACAAAAGUUAUCAGCUGUGACCGCGGCGGUGGUCAUCAUGGAAAGGGCAUGUUGCGGUCAACCAGCAUCGUACGGCUACUCGAUGAACUCCAAUACACCGACGGCCACCGUUACCGGUUACCCGGUGUCGUACGACGGUCGGCCGGCGGUGACCGUACCGAUCCAGGUGGACGAGACUCAGGGUUGUUUCUGUUGUGACAGCGACGACGACAGCGUCGAACGAGCCCGAGUGGCGCACGCCAAACGGAAAUGUUACAAGAGCUGCGCAAAAAACGUGUUUGUCUGCGCCCUUUUGGUGUCUUACACGUUUGCGGGUGCCUUGAUCUUUUUGAGCAUCGAGGGCGACGCUGACAACGGCGACGACGGCGGGCCGGUGCGUUUAGCCGGGCUCAUGCCGGCGGCCAAUAUUGUAGGCGGAGGCCAAAACCUGACAGCCGCUCUAUUGGCAGCCACAGCCGCCGGCGAAGAGAGCCGAGCUCGGACUGUCGAAUCCAUUUGGGAGAUAACGGUCAACCUGAACAUACUGUAUCGGGAGAACUGGACUAGACUGGCGGCUCAGGAGUUGAAUCGAUUCCAGGAAGACUUGAUACGGAGGCUCACUCAGCAAAUGGACAUCGAGUCGGCUGCGGUCAGUUACCAUACGGGCAGUGCGGUCGGCGACGGCAGUGCCGAUUUCGUGGACGCUGGAUUUGAAUGGAACAUGGCCACGUCAUUCUUGUACUGCCUGUCUAUACUCACUACGAUCGGAUACGGGAACAUUACGCCGAAAACAGCCGUUGGAAAAAUGGCCACUAUGGUGUAUGCGUUGAUUGGCAUCCCGUUGAUGUUGGUAUACCUGUCGAGCAUUGGCGGACUCCUGGCUUGGUGUGCCAGAGGAAUAUUCACCAGAUCUCUGUGCUGUUGUUUGUGUUCCAAGUGCGGGUACUGUUGUUACGACGAGAAGCUAAUGGAACAAAAAGAGCGGCGGAUGAAGCUGAAGCGGGAGCGCAGGGAGUACGAUAUGCAAAUGAAGUCGUUGUCGGGUCACGCGCUUGAGCCGUACUACGUCAGGCCGGGUGACACGGACGACGUAUUCCAUCGGGUGGCCGACAAGGCGGCGGCAACGGCCAUCGCCUCGGCGGCCGCUGCGGAAAGCGCGGCGGACAGCGUGGAAAAUGCCAGCUUUAUUCCGUUGCUAAUGGUCGGGUUCGCGUUCAUGUCGGCGUACAUAGCGUGCGGCGCCGCGAUACUUUACAACCUGGACACCGGCAAAUCGUACCUUGACUGCGUUUUCUUCUGCUUUAUGUUGCUAAGCACGAUCGGCUACAGCAACUCACGGCCGCUAGAAAUGACGCUGACAAGCACCGUGACCGUUUGGUUCUGUUCGGUGUACAUACUGUCCGGCAUGGCGAUGACCGCAAUGUGCUUCAACAUCGUGCACCACGGCGUAUCCACCAAACUGAAAACACUGUACCACCAUCACCAACCUGUGCGCGACGACGGUCGCCGGUUGAGCUGCGACGGCACCAGUAUCAGCGACCUGACGCACGGCAACGGCGACCACUCUUGACGUCAGUCGAAUGGCGGCGUACACCGUGACGACGUCAACCCGGAAGCUGGGUGCUCGGUGGCUAUGGCCAAUUUCAUUGGCCACAACGGAUACCCGCAGCCCGAAAUCGUGGCCAUCGCCACUGGAAAACCGGCCGCCGUAGUAGACAUCGACCCGUUAAUCGUCGACUGUUUCGACAUUAAGUUCGACAGCGUGCUGACCCAGGCGUCGUCCAUGUCGGUGGUGGACUUGACCAAUUUAGAAACCAUAACGGAAUCCGAAGACCCGAUCGAACAGUGUUAAUAACGACAAAAAGUGUACCAACCUAACAAGGCACAUGAGGGUCAUGAGGUUUCAACCUUAAUUAUCAAGAGCAACAAUGAACGCUAACCAACUAUAGCAACUUCCAUUAACAUGUUUAAUACCAGGUGCCCAAUUGUCGGUACACAAGUACAUUAAUCGAUGAACAAAAAACAUGGGUCCUUAUUUUUCGUUUUACAUGUAUCAUGUUAUUGCGACACUAUUUAUACAAAUUUAAUUUAUUGUAAAAAAAACCUUGUUUUAUAAUACGCGAGUCAAACGAAUAUAAUAGUAAUAUUAAAAAAAAAUAAAAGCAUUUAGUGUAAAUUUAUAGCAUUUACCC